AUGGAAGUCCCCGCUCCUACCCCAGUGACGACGGAGCAAGAUGCGACCACGGAGCAGCCCACGACGGCCAACUGGCAGACGCUCAAGGAGCAAUUCAACUACCAUCUGCACGAACUGCACAAGCUGUCGCGCGAGAUGUCGAUGGCAUCGAACGGCGCCUCGAGCGAAGAUGCGGCCGAGGCAAUGCAAGCGUACUUUGAGAUGAAGUAUCAGAAGAAACUGGCCAAAAUGCUCGCGCGCGGCAAGUGCGACGGUCCCUCGGACGGUCCACACGGCUUUUUUGGACGCUGGGGCCAUCGCCACGGCAAGUUUGGACACCACCAUGACAUGCCAGGGCCCCAUCAUCAUGAGCGUGGUCCGAUGGAGCCGCUCAGCGGAGGGCAUUCGGGCGAUGGCAUGUGGCACAAGAUAAUGGACCACCGCGGCGACCACGAAGACGUGUGGCGCAAGGUGAAGCACCACCGCCACGGCCAGUGCCAUGGCCGACGCAGCGACGACGACAGCGACAAGAUGUUCCGCAAGAUGCACAAGAAGAUGGCGCGCCACGGCUGGUUGCAUCCUGGCGCCGCGCCCACGUCGUGCUAA